AUGAGGGACUUUCCUUCUUGUUUUGGUGAAAGUGGAGUCCAAGUAGCUGAUUCAUCUUCUUCGAGUACAACAAAAGCUGCUCAAAAUUUGGUCACUUGUGUCUAUCAGUGUAAAUUACAUGGUCGUUCUUGUUUAAUUACUGUUACCUGGACCAAGAAUCUCAUGGGUCAAGGUGUUGGUGUUGCAAUUGAUGAUUCAACAAGUCAUUGUCUUUGUAAAGUUGAUAUAAAACCAUGGUUGUUCUCUAAAAGAAAAGGGUACAAGAAUUUAGAGGUAGAUUCUGAUAAGGUUAUUAUAUAUUGGGACUUGUCCAAUGCUAAAUUUGGUCCUGGGCCAGAACCUUUGGAGGGGUUUUAUUUGGCCAUUGCUUUUAAUCAAGAAAUGGUGUUACUUCUUGGGGACAUGAAGAAGGAGGCAUACAAGAAAAUUGACAGUGCUCCAGUGCACUCUAAUGCCAUUUUUAUUGCUAGAAGAGAGCAUAUUUUUGGAAAGAAGUUUUAUGAUGCAAAAGCUCAGUUCUGCAACAAGGGUCAGAUGCAUGAUGUUACAAUUGAAUGUGAUACAAUUGAUCUUAAGGAUCCCUGUCUUGUGAUCCGCAUUGAUAGUAAGAUGGUAAUGCAGGUCAAAAGACUGAAAUGGAAGUUCCGGGGCAAUUAUACUAUAUUGGUGGAUGGGCUUCCAGUUGAAGUGUUUUGGGAUGUUCAUAAUUGGUUAUUUGGUAAUGCUAUGGGCAAUGCGGUUUUCAUGUUCCAAACUUGCUUAUCGGCAGAGAAAUUACGGAACAGCCAAUCCAUUUUCGAUCCCUCUGUACUGACCUGGUCGUCCUCGCAGAAAUUCAGAGACUGCCAGUUACAAGGUCUUGGUUUCUCCCUUAUAUUGUAUGCUUGGAAGAAUGAAUAA